AUGCUUCAACCACUGAACAAAACCAGCCUCUACGGUGGUGCUAUAAGGAGGAUUUGGCAGCAGGAACAUCAUGGCUCGACUUUAUUGCUGCGAACCCAUGUUCGUUUUCCUUUUUCAUCUUCUUCAAAAUUGUUCAUACCGAACAAUUACAAUAUUUCUUCGUUUUCGGGAAUUAAUUGGAGGCUAUCAUCUUCGGAACGAACUUUCAGCACGAAUCAUCAUGUUUUAAAUAAUAAUGACGAUGAAGGCAAUCAUGAACAAUCGUUCACAGAGGAAGAAGAAGAAAAUGAUAAUAUUUUCAAAGCUCAUAAUAUUAAAACGAGUGAUGAAGCCUUUGCUCGGAAAUGCAUGUUGUUCAAUAACUUUUUUGAGACGGAACACAUAGCACAGAACACCAACACAGAAGAUAUCACUUCCUAUUUUAAUGAUCACUCAUUUGUAGCAUCUUAUGAUAAGGUUCCUGCUCUGUCAAACAAGAAAUUUGAAAUUGCAAUUAUUGGAAGAUCUAACGUAGGAAAAAGUUCAUUAGUUUCUGCAAUUUUUAAAGGAAAAUCUACUCAAGUCAAAGUUAGUAAGACACCAGGACGCACUCAAACGUUAAACUAUUUUCUAUUGAAAAAAUUAAACCUUUAUCUAGUGGAUAUGCCUGGAUAUGGCUUUGCAAGAGUUCCAAAAUCUCUUCUAAGAGGAUGGCAUGUGCUUAUUAGAGAUUAUUUUGUGAAUAGAAAAGGAGUAGAUAAAUAUUUAAUGACUUUGUGGUUAUUGGAUGUGAGAAGAUUAAAGGAGUAUAUGGACGCUGUCAAACAGAAUCCAUUGAACGCUAAAAAUCCAAAGCUUGGCUUGAAAAAGUCUGACAUUGAUUUUUUCCAUUUUGCUGUAAAAAACAAUAUCCCAUAUACCGUGGUUGUCACCAAAGUUGAUAGUACAAAUCCUAAAAUAUUGAAUGAAAUAGCUAUCACAUUGAGACAUUUAUUAUUGAGAGAGCUCAAAGAAUUGAAAUUGGCUAAAUCUGUUCACAUCGCUCCCACAAUAUUUUUCACAAGUUCAAAGAAAAGAAAGGGUAUUUCAGAAAUACGGAACUAUAUUGCUUCACUAGCCCUUAAUUUUGAAUCUAGCAAUUAUGCAAGCUCAGGCGUGCAAAUACAACCUACAACAACCUCUCCUUCUGAUAACGGUGAAAACAUGCUCGUAUUUGAAGAAGAUGAAGAAGAUGAAGAAGAUGAUGUGCCCGCAAUUCCUCCUUCCGAAUCAAUAUCAAAAGAUACAAAGAAAACAAAGGACAAAGAUGACAAAUCGUCAGAGGAUACAACAAAUGAAGUUUCUCCAAAAACCCCUGCAAAGAAAAAGUCUGUAAAAAUUGCAGAUAUCCCAAUUGGUGCUCUUGCACAAAAGAACAAAUACGUUCAAAGAACUAAACACCUUGAUGACAGUGUAAAAAGAGAUGCAAGACAACUCAAGUCUUAUGGUGACAUUGUCAAGUACAAACUUCGUAUGAAGAAUAGAAAGAAAAAGUAG